CUAACACCGGAAUUCGAUUACAAAGAACCAUCCUUUCGCAAAACAAGGCGCUAUAGGCAGUCAUGGAUCGCAAGGAAAAUGCUUCUACAGCUCUUGUCCGGAAGAGAACUGAUAUGGAAUUGAUGCCUCCGCCGCCAGCGCCGAAGCGAAUUAAGCGACCAAAGAAGAUACUCGACGAAGAUAGCUAUACAGAUGCGCUUUCACAAAUCAUCGCCCGAGAUUUCUUCCCUGGACUUCUAGAGAGCGAAACGCAGCAAGAAUAUCUAGAUGCGAUCGAAUCGAAGGAUGAAGUAUGGAUUUCAAGCGCAAGUCGACGACUUCAGCAAGUCAUGACUCCGGGACGCCAAAGAACGAGGAGGGGAACAUCGCUAGCACCAGGCGCGCAAACACCAAGGGGUUUCGUUGGAGAUACCCCAGUAUCUGUCUCAUCCGAAUCUACUAUAUCAGGCGUGAAAGAGAAGGACGAGAUCGAUACGAAUAUGAGCCUAGGUGCUUUCCAAUCUAAAUACACGAGCGAGGACAACGAGAGUUUCUACAAACUUUUGGAUAAACAGAAUUUGAAGAAGGCCGAGAAGUAUGCGUGGUUAUGGAAUGGGAAUAAAAUGCCUUCUAAAAUGCAGCUGAAGCAAAAACAAAUCGAGGCAAAGCUGAUGGAGACGCGAAGCUUAACAGAUGAUGGAUUUAAGAGGGAUCGUUUAGCCAUCAAGGACCGAGAUGAAAGAUCCGCUCAACCUAUUGUGAAGAUCUCAACGCCAAAGAAUCCUUUGAUGUUUAUUCCGGAAGGUAUAGAAGAUUCGAUGGAGACUAGAAUACAGAAGGCGGAAGCUGAGUCUCGAGCUGCUCCAAAGGGGCUAAAUUACGAGAACACUAGAUUACCGGUGCCAAAGAUUAGCGACGGUGAAUCAGUGCCAUCAUCCCCAUCGUUGUCGGCCGUUCGCGAUGCUAUUGCGGGAAAACGAGGGACAAGCGAACUCGAAUCGACUACUGUAGGGAGUGAAACACCUAGGGUUAACGGCUACGCAUUCGUGGAUGAUGAGGAGCCAGAGUAUGAACCACCAACGGCGCCGAAGAUCGACCUUGGACCUGGAGAUUCAACCCCAAAUCCCUUCAUCAUCAAGGAACAAAGUAAGAGGGAAGCCCUUCACCAUCGCAUGGUCGAUCGGAUCUCACAAUCCAAGAGAACGUCAGCCAAAAUCGGGUUGACCGGAAGAGUUGACAAAACGCCUGUCCCUAAGUUUCCAAGUAGUCCCCGUGUCACAGCAGGUCUAACACCAGCAGCUCAGCGACUCUGGACUAAGAUUGGAGGAAGCGGUGGAAGUACACCUCGAACACCUUUCGGCCAAAGCACACCGAUGAGAGCAAGGAGUUCCAAGUUGAAGCAAGUCACAAAGUGAUACGGGAAUAGAUAUGACUUAUGAUACAAAUAUGAUACCCCGGAAUGAUGAGAGUGUUCAGUCACACAUGAUUCUUGAUAGUUAAUACAAAAUGACAAUAUCCGUAA